UUCUGGCCGCUGGAGGAGCUGUGCCGUCUUUACUCAUCCUGGAUAGCGGAGGCUAAUUAGCAUGUAACAAUGGCCACUCAUUCUUUAGGAUCUACUGCUGCUGCUGGACCAGGUACAAACCAAACUAGCUGUAGCUCUUCGUUGAGUCGAAAAACCGAUGGCGGACCCUGCUGUAAAUUCUGGGAAAGCCCAGAAAUCAUCUCUCAGAUGGAAACGGUCCGCAGUUGGAUUGGAAAGCAUUAUAAAAAGUAUGUGCAGGCCGAUGCUCCAUCCAGCAAGUCUCUGUCCGGUCUGGUCAUCCAACUGUUGCAGUUUCAGGAGGACUCUUUUGGACGCAGAGCAAAUAACCCAGACUUCACAAAACUUCCUGCAAAGUGUUUUCUUAACAUGAGGCCAGGUGGUGCCCUGUGCCAUAUUCUGGGAUCAGUGUACAAGUUUAAGACUGAACAGGGCUGGAGACGCUUCGAUCUGCAGAACCCAUCCAGAGUGGAUCGUAAUGUAGAAAUGUUCAUCUCCAUUGAGAAUACACUGAUACAGAAUAAUCUAUUAAGCAGACCUGUGGUGUACCUGUCUCCCGAUUUUGAGCAAAAGCAAACCAUAAAGCUUAAAGACAUAAUCUUGCGGCAUCAGGGCACAGUUACAGAGGAUCGGUCACAAGCCACUCACCAAAUAUACCCAAACCCCUCAACAGCAGAUGAAGAAGAGUGGUUUAGACCAGUCAUGAGAUUAGAUCGGCAGGUGAUGGUACACUGGGGCAUGUGUCCAGACAGCUAUGACUCUGUUGUGUCAGCAAGUGAUGUGAAUGGAGAAGUGGAGGAACCUCCCAACCCAGACAAGUGCUGGAAGGUUCAUGCCAAAUGGGUUUUUGACACCGACACUUUUAAUGAGUGGAUGAAUGAAGAAGACUAUGCGGUAAAUGAGAAUGGGAAUAGUGUGAGUUUCCGGCGUCGUAUCUACCAAACCGAAGAGAAGGAACCGAAAUUUUGGAAGAAGCGGCGGCGUUCCCUGUCUCCAUCCUCCUCUGAGUCUAGGAAAAAGGGAGGAAAAAAGGGCAGCUCGUAUAAAAAGCGUGGCCAACCGGAAGACCCGGAGCCAGAGGAAGACCUUACUAAAGACAUGGAGGAUCCAACACCUGUACCUAACAUGGAGGAGGUCAUACUACCUAAAAAUGUGAACCUGAAAAAAGACAGUGAAAAUACUCCAGUUAAAGGAGGGAUCAUGGCAGAUUUGGAUGACCAGGAAGAGGAUCUGCUCUCCGGUGUCAGAGAUGAGGACGAGCAGAGAGAGUUUAGUCGUGGGAUGGAGGGGGAGGAGAGUGCUACAGAACAAAUACAUCACAUCAUUAUCCCCACCUAUACCUCCUGGUUUGACUACAACUGUAUUCACCAAAUAGAAAGACGCGCACUUCCUGAGUUCUUCAAUGGGAAAAAUAAAUCCAAAACACCAGAAAUAUAUCUUGCCUACCGAAACUUCAUGAUUGACACAUACCGACUAAACCCUCAAGAGUAUCUUACCUCAACGUCCUGCAGAAGAAACCUGACAGGAGAUGUUUGUGCACUUAUAAGAGUUCAUUCUUUAUUGGAGCAGUGGGGUUUAAUAAAUUAUCAGGUAGAUGCAGAGAGUCGACCCCUACCUAUGGGCCCACCGCCAACACCACACUUUAAUGUUCUCACAGACACGCCUUCAGGACUUGUACCGCUGCAGCACAGACCUUUACAGGUAUCAGCUUCUCAGCAUAUGUUGCAUUUCCCAGAAAAGUCCACAGAAAAGCCCUCUGACCUCCAGAAUUUUGGUCUGCGGAUUGACAUUUAUACUAAGAAACAUCCUAAGAGUAAAGGAGCAAGUGCAGGAAGAGAAUGGACAGAACAGGAAACACUGUUGCUUUUAGAGGCUUUAGAAAUGUAUAAAGACGACUGGAAUAAGGUGUCUGAACACGUGGGUAGCCGUACACAGGACGACUGUAUUCUUCAUUUCCUGCGGUUGCCCAUAGAGGACCCAUACCUGGAGAACUCCGAAGCAUCUAUGGGCCCUCUAGCCUAUCAGCCGGUCCCGUUCAGCCAAUCAGGGAACCCCGUAAUGAGCACUGUUGCUUUCCUGGCAUCUGUGGUUGACCCUCGAGUUGCUUCUGCUGCUGCAAGGGCGGCUUUGGAGGAGUUCUCGAGAGCAAGAGAGGGUGCACCGACUGACAUAUUCACCAUUGCCUUUCAAAAGUCACAGAGAGUGGGGCAUAAUUUAGAUUCUGCAUUCGCACUGCAGUCAGGUGGCAUCACAGGACUUGAUCAAGAUCCAGAAAAGACUGAUGGAAGUGGUUUCGAAAAAAUGAACAUUGAAUCUGAGCACCAUGACAAGCCUGAGGGUGACAGCCUCCUGGUAGAAGGAGAACGUGUGAAGAACGAGGAGAAAGAUGAGAGUGAAGGAGAAAGAGGAGAGGAAAGCGCAGCAGAGGAGAGUUUUGAAAUGGGCCACGCCCAAGGAGAAGGGGAAGACUUGAGAAGACCGGUGGAGCUUGAAUUGGUGGAGGCAAACAUUGCCACAGCAGCUGCUGCAGCACUGGCAUCUGCAGCAAGCAAAGCAAAGCACUUGGCUGCAGUAGAAGAGAGGAAGAUUAAGUCUCUGGUGGCUCUGCUGGUUGAAACUCAGAUGAAAAAGUUGGAGAUCAAACUGAGACAUUUUGAAGAGCUAGAGACCAUCAUGGACCGAGAAAAAGAAGCUUUGGAGCAGCAGAGACAGCAGUUAUUGUCUGAGAGGCAGAACUUCCACAUGGAGCAGGUGAAAUAUGCCGAAAUGAAGGCACAGCAGAAUAUGGAGCAGCAGCAGCAACAAGCAGGUUGUUCGGUGGGCAGCGCUGCCGCAGGGCAGAUGAUGGGCGCUCGACACACUGGGGCUCCCAACGGCAUGUGUGAGUAAUACAUGCCUCAACUGGAACUUGUACCGAUCAACACUGGCACAUGUUUCCUGCAUCCUGUGACAGCGGAGACGUUGUGCUUUUACAGUUAUAAAUCUGGCCACUUUUCCAACCAGUGAAGAGUUACGUCUACACGGCUUUAUACCACAAAAUACAAAACACAAUGUGUACAAGUUACCCACAUUCAACUUCCACAAUUGUACUUGUUUUGUGUAUAUUUAAUAAUUUUUAAACAUUUAUGCCGGUGUUAAAAGGUAAGAUUUGAGGCUUUUCGUUGCCAUAUCUGUCUGUACGUAAUGUUUGUAGAUCUGUUUUUUAUUGCCACCAAGCACUAAAAAUUUGGGGGCUGAAUAAAUUUUUUAUAUAAACCUG